UGUCACUACAAGCAUCACCACAUGUGCCGUGCACCUUUUAAUUGUGCCAACUAAGUUUGUAAAUAGAACACAGCCAUCUUCACUUCUUUUCUACUCUUCCUGCAAGGGGGUGAUGCAAGUGCCCUCCAGAGGGAAGUUGCCAUGAGCCUCUCCGUUCACCUUCUCGUGCUCGUUCUUCUUUCGUUAACACCGCACCAGACGCCCGCGUUUGCUGCCAAAAAGUCGUACGUGGUUUACUUGGGAUCUCACUCGCACGGCCGGGACGCUUCAUUGGCUGAUCUGAGUCGAGUGACGGAGUCUCACCAUGAGUUUCUUGGCUCUUUCUUGGGAAGCCGGGACGACGCCGAGGAGGCCAUCUUCUAUUCGUACACGAGGCACAUCAAUGGCUUCGCCGCAACUCUUGAAGAUGAAGUAGCUGCCCAAAUCGCCAAGCACCCAAGAGUGGUGUCGGUUUUUCUGAACCAGGGCAAGAAACUACACACAACAAGAUCGUGGGAGUUUCUAGGCCUCGAGCAGAACGGCGUGAUUCCUUCCGAAUCAAUUUGGAAGAAGGCUCGAUUUGGUGAAGAUAUCAUCAUUGGGAAUCUGGACUCAGGGGCGUGGCCGGAAUCCAAGAGCUUUAGCGACCAGGGGUUGGGACCGAUUCCUCCAAAGUGGAAAGGAAUCUGCCAAAACGACAAGGAUCCUCGCUUUCGCUGCAACAGGAAACUCAUCGGCGCCAGAUACUUCAACCAAGGCUACGCCGCCGCAGUGGAGCCCCUCAGCGCCUCCUUUGACACCCCCCGCGACAAUGAAGGCCACGGGUCCCACACCCUCUCCACCGCUGGUGGCAACUUUGUCGCCGGCGCCAGUGUCUUUGGCUACGGCCGAGGCACCGCCAAGGGCGGCUCCCCGAAGGCCCGGGUUGCUGCCUACAAGGUCUGCGGGCCACCGGUCGCCGCCGGCGCGUGCUUUGACGCGGACAUCAUGGCCGGCUUCGACGCUGCCAUACACGACGGCGUGGACGUCCUCUCGGUCUCCCUCGGCGGCAGCCCCCCCCUCCCCACACUGUUGAACGAUAGCAUCGCGAUCGGGUCCUUCCAUGCCGUGACAAACGGCAUCGUCGUGGUUUGCUCGGCCGGGAAUGAUGGGCCCGGCGACAGGACGGUCUCGAACAUCUGGCCUUGGCUGAUCACGGUGGCGGCAGACAUGGACAGGGAUUUCUCCAACUACGUGGUGAUUGGCGAUCAGAGGCGAUUCAAGGGUGCGAGCUUAUCACCGAAAUCCUUGCCUGGAGGCAAGUUCUACAAGCUGAUCAGCGCAGCGGAUGCUGGAUUGUCUCAUGUGUCGCCCGAUGAAGCAAUAUUCUGCAAGGAUGGAACGCUUGAUCCGAGGAAGGUGAAGGGGAAUAUCCUGGUUUGCCUUUGGGGAGAAAACGCAACGGUCCACGAGGGAGAGCAGGCCUUUCUGGCCGGCGCGGUUGGGAUGGUCCUUGCCAACAGUAUCCUCUCGGGAAACGAAAUCUUAGCGGACCCACAUUUACUUCCCGCGUCUCACGUCAACUACGGCGACGGUGCCGCCAUCUUCAGUUACAUCAAAUCAACUAAGUAAGUGCACAGCUUCACUGCCUGGAUCACACGCGUAGUGACAAAUUUGGGCGUGAAGCCAUCUCCACUCAUGGCGGCUUUUUCCUCAAAGGGGCCGAACACCAUCACACCCGAAAUUCUAAAGCCGGAUAUUACUGCACCUGGAGUCAGCGUCAUAGCUGCCUACACUGAAGCAGCGGGGCCGACAGAUGAGGAAUUCGAUAAACGCCGGGUCCCUUUCAAUGCUGUGUCGGGCACCUCGAUGUCGUGUCCUCAUGUUUCCGGUGUUGCUGGUCUUCUGAAAACUCUACAUCCAGAAUGGAGUCCUGCUGCAAUUCGAUCGGCAAUCAUGACGAGUGCAACGAUACAAGAUAAUGCAAUGGAAUCGAUCAUCAAUGCCUCCUACUACAAGGCGACUCCAUUCAGUUACGGAGCUGGACACAUCCAACCCAACCGUGCUAUGGACCCUGGCCUGGUCUAUGAUCUGGGCAUCGAAGAUUAUCCCAACUUCUUGUGUUCUCUAGGCUACAAUGCAAUGCAGAUCUCGAUGUUCUCUGAUGGUGCCUACAAUUGUUCGAAACACAUUGGUCUUCUAGACUUCAACUAUCCUUCGAUCACGGUUCCUAAGCUGGGAUCAAUCAUGGUGACUCGAACUGUGAAGAAUGUUGGCUUGCCAGGGACCUACAGGGCGUCGAUACUGGAACCGAAUGGAGUUUCGGUUCUUGUCAAGCCAGCCUACCUGAAGUUCAAGAAGAUUAAUGAAAAGAAGUCUUUCAAGGUCGUGCUGAAGGCAAAAGGAGCCAGUGUGACUGGGGACUACUCGUUAGGCGAGCUGAUAUGGUCGGACACCGAACAUUAUGUGAGGAGUCCUAUUGUUGUGAAAGCCAUCUGAUGACUGUUAUUAUAGUGCCGAAAAAUGGCGUUCUUAUUAAAUUGAUGUCAAUCCUAUUCACGAACGGUGCUUCAUGAAUUUAAAAUAAAGGUUUGCAAAUUAUAAGGUCUCAAAA